AUGGCUCGUCGACGCUGUCGAGAUGGUGAUGCGGAUGGGGUGGAGACCAACCUGGACUGGUCUGGCGAUGGCUUGCCUGAUCUCCAGUCCUUUGUCGCGGCGCUGUCGACAGGAAUGCAAAGCACGUGCACCUCGUCCACUACGACCACCUCGCUGGGAUGGAAGCCUACCACGACCCCCAUGUCAUCGCCUUCGUUGACCUCGACAACCACUACGCGGACCGGGGCGGAAACUGCCGAAGAUGAUGGUGACACCACGGUGCUCAUGCAAGCACGAGCAACGGGGUGUGGAGACCCUCCACCAAACCGCCCAGGUGAAGAUGGUGAACAUGAUGAAGAUAGGGAUGUACCUGGGCCAAACGAGACUGACACCAACCCCGAGGAGCCUGUGGAGCCUGACGUGCCUUUCCAACUGACUGCUGAUGAAAGGGAUGAACUGUUGGAGCUGGGGUGGGACGCUGGCGUUGUCGAUGACCUGCGUGAGUUCCUCGCGUACCUGGAGGUGUCCGUGACCGCGCAGGGGUGGAAGCAGCCGGAGGAUGUGGGCAUGCGUGGACGCCUGUGCGUGGGGUUUGCUGGUUUCCAGAAGGUCCUUGGGUCGUUCCACCUGAAGAUCGUCCAGAGGCUCAUGCAGGACGUUUGGUUGGAGGCCAAGGACGUUGGGGAUCCACCGUAUUUGCCACCGCCUGGGAUGAUGAUAGCUGCCAAUACGAACACGGCUGCGAUCGCCCUCGACACUGCUCGUGCUAGAGCACGUGCCAUGAUAAUGCGUGCCAGAAGUCAACGUGGGGUGCAACAACAGCCUGGCGAAGUAAGAGAUGCUGGUGCAGCUGACACCACCAGUGGUGCACGUGCCAGUCAUGAACCACCGCCGGGACGUGCUGAUCGUGAUGAUGGAGCUGAUCGAGCUGGUGAUGCCGACGAUGGGGAUGGUUCCGAUGAAGAUGUGGACGAUGCCACGCUCAUGCAGCUCACGGCGGCGGAGGAGGGCCUUCUCCAGGAGCUCGGGCACGUUCCUCCUUUUGGGACGUUGCGCUCACGAGUCGUUGCAUGGAUGUCUGAGUACAGACAUCUGGUGGUCCAGACCUUCGACAGGGAAAUUGAGGCCAGUCUUCGCGAACUAACGGGGUGUCCUCCUGGAAGUACCAACCCGUUUGGACCCUUCCCUGAUGCCGGUGUGGGGUGGAGCAGAGCCACUCGUGAGGCACCACGUGGCAGUCGCUCCCGCUCCCGCAGCCGGGACGUGCAACGCGAUGCUCGCCGGGACGUGCAACGCGAUGCUCCACCUGCUACUCGAAGUGCUGGGAUGACUGGCCUCAACAAUGACUUGGGGAGCCAUUCGGCGGGAGAUGGUGGUGUAGAUGGUGUACAUGGCACCCCUGCCCAAGAAGUACAUCAACUACUGGAGGAGAAGUUCGUGGCGUCCUUCAUGGUGCACCUUCUGUACAUCCACCCAGUGAAGAGGUGGUUGCCCCUGACUUCCUGGGAAGCCACCCAUGUGGACAUCCACCUCUUCCAGUACCACCUGUUCUCCCUGCACAACCUGCUCUACCGGUACAACAAGCUGAAGGAGAAGUUCGCAGUGUCCCUCAUGGUGCACCUUCUGUACAUCAACCCUGUGAGGAGGUGGUCAACCCAAGUACCCUGGGAAGUCUGCCCGAACAACCUGAGGGAUGUUCCGAUCCACCUGGUGCUCACUCUUCCGCAGUUCCCUCUCCUGGUGAUCUUCCCCGUCCUUGCGAAGUUCCUGCUGUCCGCCCGGGUCAUGGAGUAG